CGAGCCUGGCGGGUCAGACGCGGCUGGCGGACGCGCGGUGCGGGCGCUCCGGCGGUGCCCGGCGGCGCCCACGCGGCUGCCCCGCGCCUAGCGCGGCCCGGGUAGGCGACGUCGGGGCCGGGUCGGACCGGCCAUGCCGCUGGAGACGCAGGACGCGCUGUAUGUGGCGCUGGAGCUGGCCAUCGCCGCGCUGUCAGUGGCGGGCAAUGUGCUGGUGUGCGUCGCGGUGGGUACGUCGAGCGCGCUGCAGACGCCCACCAACUACUUCCUGGUGUCCCUGGCGGCGGCCGACGUGGCGGUGGGGCUGUUCGCCAUCCCGUUUGCCAUCACCAUCAGCCUGGGCUUCUGCACCGACUUCUACAGCUGCCUCUUCCUCGCAUGCUUCGUGCUCGUGCUCACGCAGAGCUCCAUCUUCAGCCUCUUGGCCGUGGCCGUCGACAGGUACCUGGCCGUCCGCGUCCCGCUCAGGUAUAAGAGUUUGGUCACUGGGCCCCGAGCGAGAGGAGUCAUUGCUGGCCUCUGGGUCCUUGCCUUUGGCAUCGGACUGACUCCAUUCCUGGGGUGGAACAGUAAAGACAGUGCCAUCAACAACUGCACGGAACCCUGGGAUGGAGCCACAAAUGAAAGCUGUUGCCUCGUGAAGUGUCUUUUUGAGAAUGUGGUCCCCAUGAGCUACAUGGUCUAUUUCAACUUCUUUGGGUGUGUCCUGCCCCCACUGCUCAUUAUGCUGGUGAUCUACAUCAAUAUCUUCAUGGUGGCCUGCAAGCAGCUUCAGCGCACUGAGCUGAUGGACCACUCAAGGACCAUCAUCCAGCGGGAGAUCCAUGCAGCCAAGUCCCUGGCCAUGAUCGUUGGGAUUUUUGCUCUGUGCUGGUUGCCAGUACACGCCAUCAACUGUGUCACUCUUUUCCAGCCAGCUCGGGCUAAGGAUAAGCCCAAGUGGGCAAUGAACAUGGCCAUUCUCCUGUCACAUGCCAACUCAGUUGUCAAUCCCAUCGUCUAUGCCUAUCGGAACCGAGACUUCCGCUAUACUUUUCACAAAAUCAUCUCCAGGUAUGUUCUUUGCCAGACAGAUGUCCUCAAGAGUGGGAAUGGGCAGCCAGGGGUGCAGCCUGCUCUCGAUGUGGGCCUAUGACCUAGGUCCUGGCCUCUUUAAGAAGGCAUAAAUUCACAAUAAAGGGACAGACAGGACGUGACCAGCUGAUUCCCAAUGUUAAAGACGGCUACACCUUGUAAGCAUAUGGGCUGCCUCUUUUAAGUACUCCCCUGGAGUCACCACAUACCUAGCUAAUAUGUACAUGUUAUUAGUAGGCUCCAAAGGCUCACAAAUGUGUUUAUGGUUCUUUCUGGAUGCUCCCACUGUGUGGAUGAUGCUGAUGGCUUGAAUGGAUUAUAAAAGACUUUUUUUUUUUUUUUUUUUUUUUUAAGAGUCUGCCUCUUUUUUGGUAGAAAAUGAAACUAUUUUACUGUGAAACACUGUGAACUAUUGUAAUAAAAAUAUUUUUUAAUUUAGAAGCAAUGGAAAAACAAAAGUUAGACAUACUAAAAAUACAUACUUAUUCCUAGGAAGGUGACCAGGAAAAUUAAAAGUUUAAUUCUUCAGUCAAGAAACUGCUGUAUUUAUUUGGGGACAUGACACUUGAAUAAGUUCUGAAGCAGAAUAUCAGAUAACAAUUUUCCUAACAUUCUUCUCCGCAUACUGCAAAGCCAUACCCUAGAGGAAGAAACUGGAGAAAUGGGAUGGAUCCCUCCUCUUCCAGACUGCAUCUUCCCCUUCUAGGGUUAGGCAGUGAUUUUUAGUUCUCUACCAAGCUGACGUUUGGCCAAGUUGCUGGAGCCCAAGUGUGAAAAUUUUAAUAAGUAAAAUCCUAGAACUGUGUAUGUGUAUGACAUGAAAUAAAAAUAAAACUUAAAAAACAA